UCUCUCUCUCUCUCUCUCUCUCUCUCUCUCUCUCUCUCUCUCUCUCUCUCUCUCUCUCUCUCUCUCUCUCUCUCUCUCUCUCUCUCUCUCUCUCUCUCUCUCUCUCUCUCUCUCUCUCUCUCUCUCUCUCUCUCUCUCUCUCUCCCAGCCCAUGUCCCUCUUCCUCUCUUCCGCGCGCUGCGUUUUGUCUUUUCAAAUUCGCUCGCGCGCCAACGUUAGGAUUUCCUCGUUUUGGCCGAAGAGCUCCGCGCGUCACGCCUCGGCUCUGAAGUGCUUUACACCGGGGAUAUACCGGGGUUACACCGGGGUUACACCGGGGUUAUACCGUGUGUAGCGCUGUCAGGACCGCCGGUACCGCAGCAGGAGGCGGGAGGAGUGUCCGUCGGACGGGACAGCAGCAUGCAGCAUCCCUUGGCGGGAGGUGCGUGCGUGGCGCUGCCCGGCGGAGACGCGCCUCAGCUAUCCUGCGCGGCGCUGACGUUCAUGUACUUACAGCAGGGUCCUCAGGACGCCCCGGCCCCCCCUGACCCCUCCAGGGCCCAGGCCUACCCCCCUGCCCAGUACGCUCCCCCCUCCCAGAGCGCCCUCCCCCUCCCCGAGUACGCCGCCUCUCACCCCCACCCGCAGCUCCCCCACCCGCAGCAGCCCCACCCGCAGCAGCCCCACCCGCAGCAGCCCCACCCGCAGCACCCCCACCCGCAGCACCCCCACCCGCAGCAGCCCCACCCGCAGCAGCCCCACCCGCAGCAGCCCCACCCGCAGCACCCCCACCCGCAGCACCCCCACCCGCAGCAGCCCCACCCCCACCCGGGGGCGCAGCAGGAGUACGCGGGGGGGCCGUCGCCCGGGGGGGAGCUCAGCAUGUACCCCCCGCCGCAGAGCCUCGGAGGCACGGGGCCGCCGGACGGAGCCGGGGGGGCGUCGGCCGGCAUCGCCACGCAGACAGAGGAGGCGCUGCCGUCGGACCUCCACACCCAGACCCCCUCGGAGAGCAGCGACUGUAAGGCUCCGCCAAAGAGGCUCCACGUCUCCAACAUCCCCUUCAGGUUCAGGGACCCCGAUCUCAGGCAGAUGUUUGGCCAAUUUGGCAAAAUCUUAGAUGUGGAAAUCAUCUUUAACGAGCGCGGCUCCAAGGGCUUCGGCUUUGUGACCUUUGAACUCAUCGCCGAUGCAGACCGUGCCCGAGAGAAGCUGCACGCCACCGUGGUCGAGGGACGCAAAAUAGAGGUGAACAAUGCGACGGCGCGGGUCAUGACCAACAAGAAGACGGUCAGCCCCUAUGCAAACGGCUGGAAGCUGAACCCAGUGGUCUACAGUCCAGAGUUCUAUGCAGUCCCAGGCUUCCCCUACCCAGCAGCCACUGCGGCUGCGGCGGCGUUCAGAGGAGCCAACCUUCGGGGCCGGGGCCGGACCGUCUACAACGCCUUCAGGGCCGCUGCCCCCCCCCCUCACAUCCCCGCCUACGGAGG